GGCCCCGUCAGAACAGUUGCCCCUAGAUCGCCGCUCCGAAUCAAACCCGAGCGAACAUCGUGCCCGCCGCCGCUAACGCGUUCCAAUUACGAAAACUUUUUGAAAAAUGCGCCGUUCUAGAAUUUGGAACGUUUUUUGAAUUGAGUUGGUUUUGUCGUUGUUUUUGUUUGUGAAGAUGAGUUGGUUGAAGAACUUUGUGAUGAAGUGGCCUCAGUUGCUUGUACUCGGAGUUUCAGUGUUGUUUCGAUGUACGGAUUCUGUCGAUCUGCCGCGGUUCGUGGGGCCGGGCUCCAACGUCACGGUGGCAGUCGGCAGGGACGCGGCGCUUACCUGUAGAGUUGAUAAUUUACAGUCAUUCAAAGUGGCGUGGCUCCGAGUGGACACGCAAACCAUCCUCACAAUAGCAGCCCACGUGAUCACGAAGAACCAUCGUGUCAGCGUCAGCCACGGAGACGGCGCGUGGACGCUCACGCUCAAGGAGAUCGGCCCGGCUGAUGGCGGCCGAUACAUGUGUCAAGUGAACACCGAGCCGAUGAUGAGCCAGACACAUCUACUGCAAGUCGUUGUUCCUCCGGACAUCGAUGACGAUGCCAGCAGUGGUGAGGUGCUGGUCAAAGAAGGCGAGAACGCGGCGCUCCGGUGCGUCGCGUCUGGCACUCCGCCGCCCAACAUAGCCUGGAGGAGAGAAGACUCCAGGCAUUUCAAGAUUGACAACCAAACGUUGGUGUCAAAAUGGAGCGGGCCCUGGUUAAACCUGACGGCCGUCGAGCGAGUGUUGUCAGGCGCGUACCUCUGUAUCGCCACGAACGGCGUGCCUCCGUCAGUGAGCAAGAGGAUCCAGAUUAAUGUGAUAUUUGCCCCAUCAGUAUGGGCAGGCAGGGUCGCCAUAAGGGCCCCAUCAGGCAGCGCCGUCACCCUGCAGUGCACCGCCGAAGCGUUCCCCGUGCCGCAAGUGCACUGGACGCUCAAUGGGGAACAGCGGCUUGUCAACGGCACUAAACAUAGACUAAGCAUGACGUCCCGCGGCUACCGGCACACGGUGAGCCUCAUGGUGACGGAGAUGUCGCGGGAAGACGCGGGCGCAUACCGCUGUCAUGUGGAGAACACGCAGGGGAGGGCGCAGGCUGAACUGUUUCUACAUUUACUAACCACAACAACUACGACGACUACGACUACUACAACAACUACGACGACGACUACGACAACAACUACACUGCCGCCGCCGACAACUACGCUGUUACCAUAUGACACAGAGAGACAUUUGGAGCAGCUGCACCGCGGGGUGCUAGAAGACCCUGGUCUGGAUAACCCAUACAUUGUGCUCAGCCAACACCAAAUGCAGAAUCUUGAAAUGGUGACGACAAUGUGACCUCCGGCCGGUGCGCGCGGGCCGUGGGCGGAGGGCUGGCCGCCGCUGCACGACGCCGCGCGCGCCGCCGCGCCGGGAGAGCUGGUGCUGCUCGCAGUGCUACUGUUGGCGUGACACUGCACACACGUAUAAGUACACAUGAGGUUGUUAUCACACGUGCUGUGUGUAUACUGAUAUUAGGUAACGUAAAAGACAAGACGAGAGUACUAAUUUUGUAUUUGGUGUUCACUGAUAUCAAAAGAAUGCGUUCAGAUUAAAACUUUUUCUAGUUUUAUCAGCAUGUGUAUAUAUUUUUACCCCCUAAUAUUUUUAACCUUUAUAUGCUCGGAUUUGCUAAAGCAAUUAGGUGCGCGACACUUUCGGGGCUUCUGACAAAUGACAUGGGUUAGCUAUAUCUCGCUGAAUUUGGUAAUUUGUAUAGAUUCGUGCUUAUACGCACUUAACGCUCGUAUAAACUAGGAAUUCGGUAAAAAACGAUAGAAUAAUCACCUAGUUUGAAACCUUCCGGUUCCGGUGUCAAACAGUAAACACCUAUUGUUGUUGCUCUCUCAAAACUAAUCAAUUUAUACAGCCAAAUUGCCGGCUGUAAGUCUAAAACUGCCAUCAACAUUGAAUACAGUGACGAAUUCAAGUAGUGCAUACAAGUUGGAGGCACGAAGCGCAAAAAACAAGCCAAAUAUCCCUCGAAACACACAGGCAAAUAGGUUAGAAAAAAAGUGUCGUCAUUCCUUCAAGGAGACAGCUGACAGAUUUCAACCAAUCACAACCCUGGUCAUAGACACUGCAGAUCAUAUCGUUCUGAGGUUGGUAGUUCUGAACCCGUGCUGUCAAAAAUAACCCAGGGCUGUCAUCUGCAAUUGGUGUUGCCAACUAAAAUCAAGUGUUACCAACUCAGAACGAGUGUUGCCAACUAAAAGUAAGUGCUGCCAACUACGAAUUAGUGUUGCAAUUUUAG